AUGUCGACACUUCCGGCCACAAUGAAAGCCGUCGUCUUCCACGGGCCCAAGCAAGUCUCGGUCGAGGAACGGCCAGACCCCAAGGACAUCAUCGUCAAGGUCCAAGCCACAGCGCUCUGCGGCUCAGAACUGCACGUCUUCCGAGGCCACCAGCCUUCCGAGACAGGCUUCAUUAUGGGCCACGAAUUCGUCGGAACAGUAGUUGAAGCUGGCAGCGACGUCAAGAAUAUCAAGCUCGGCGAUAAGGUCGUAGCCCCCUUUACCGUCUCCUGCAUGGAAUGCUUCUACUGCAACCGGGGCUACUCGUCGCGGUGCGUGCGUUCGCUCCUGUUCGGGAGCGCUGCGCUCGACGGGGCCCAGGCCGAGUACGUGCGCGUGCCCUACGCCGACGGCACCGUGACCAAGGCGCCGGCCGAGAUCGGGGACAAUGCGCUGAUCCUCAUGGCCGACAUCUUCCCGACGGGCUUCUUCGGCGCCAAGAAUGCCUUUGACCUCCUGCGCCCGCAGCCCGCGGCCGAGGCCACCGUCGUCGUGGUCGGCUGUGGUCCCGUCGGUCUUUGCGCCAUCGUCUCGGCCCUCGAGCACCGCCCGAAGCAUCUGUUCGCCGUGGAUGGUGUGCCCUCGCGGCUGGAGCUGGCGCGGCAGCUGGGUGCUGAGCCGCUGAAUUUCCAGGAUGGUAACGAGGAGAUGAUGAAGAGGGUGAGGGAUGUGACCGAGGGCAGGGGCGCGGAUGCUGUCAUAGAGGUUGUCGGGUUGAGCCCCGCACUGAGGACUGCCUUUGAUCUUCUGAGGCCGUUUGGCGUCAUCAGCAGUAUCGGUGUCCACAACGCAGAAAUACCGUGGACAGGUGCUGAAGCAUAUGGCAAGAACCCGAGGAUUCAGAUGGGUCGUUGCCCUGUUCGAUCGAUAUUUGAGGAGGCGCUGCCGGUGUUGACGAAGAACCAGGACAAGUUUAGUUUCAUGUUCGACAAGAUCAUGCCGCUCUCAGAUGCCGUCGAGGGCUACGACUUGUUUGACAGCAUGAAAGCGCAGAAGGUCAUUUUCAAACCUUGA